AUGUAGGUUGUCCAGGGCCUGCAGAUUCAGUUUGUUUUAUUCACCUUUUUGUGUUCCAGAGGGUUAAAUCAAAUAAAAUAUUUUAAACACAUUUCUUGUUUUCCCCAAUUAUAUAUAUUUUUUCUUUAAAGGUGGAACUGGUUUUAAUUUUUGCCGACUGUAAUUAGCUGCGUUGCGGUAGCUAGCUCAUUAGCUAGCUAGCUAGCUACCAGUCAGUUGUUACACAACCGAAAGGUUUUAGCUUGGUAGCUAUUUUCCUUGGAGUUUUCUUCUUAUGUAAUUAAAACCUUCACAGUAUUUCGGCAAAAUGUCAAGACCAACGAGAAACAGGAAGGUGGUUGAUUAUGCACAGUUCGAGGAAUCGGACGAUGCGGAUGAGUAUGGCAGAGACGCGGACAGACCCAAGAAACUGCGUUCCCCUGGAGACGUGAAGCACAGGAAGAGGUCUGGGAAGAACUCCCAGGAAGACAGUGAAGAUUCUGAAGACAAAGCCCCUGGAUCCAAAAAUGAUGAAUCAGAGGAUGACUUUGGCAGCGAAGAAGACAAUGACUUUGGGGAAGAGGAUGACGAUGAUGGAGGCGACAGUGACUACGACUCCAAAAAGGCCAAAAAAGGAAAGAAAGCCAAGAUGGAGAAAAUGAGUAACCGGAAAAGGAAACGACUAUCAGACGACAGUGACGAGGACAGUGUGGUGGGUAAGAAAGUGCGACAGGUGCGGCGGGCAGCCACCAAAGCGGUGUCCAAACAGAGAGAGAUGCUGCUGGGUGACCGGGGCAGUGAGGAUGAGGAGGAUGAUGAUGACCAACAGGCCUAUAUGGACGAGGACUCAGGCAGCGAUGAGGACUUUAUGGUGGAUGACGAUGAUGACAGUGACUAUGGUCGAUCCAGGAGGAGGAGCAAGAAGGUGGUAAGAAGAAGCAGGCCAGAGAAGAGGGCCCCCAAACCCAGGCUAAAGGCCACAGUGAACCCCAGUUCUAUGAAGGGCAAAGGCAAAGGGCGACCACCAGCAGGCCCCACUGAGAAGUCCUCCGCCAAGGAAGAGGAGGAUGACCCUGAGAGCACCCGUGAGGAGGAAGAGGAGGAGGAGGAACGCGCGAAAAAAAAAGCUUCCCCUCCCACAAAGAAGACAGAAGAGGAGGAGGAGGAGGAGGAUGUCUCGGAGGAGGAAGCUCUGUCUGGGGAAGACUAACUGUCCCCGUACGGAAAAGCUUCUAUUUUACCUGUUUUGUUCUGGUUUUUGUUUCCCCUUUAGAGCUUUAGGAUGGUCUUUCUCAGUUCUAGUCCCGAUGACUCACUGUGUGUUCAGGAUUUAAUACCAAGUGGACUCAAUUAAUCUGGUCUGACUGAGCUGUUGUGAGUUGAAUGCUGAUCUAGAUUUGCCAUCUCAUUGACAGUAAUCUACUUUAAGUCUCUUGGAAGAAGUAAUAUGUAACUGAAGGUGUGCUUUUUGUGUAUAAAAAUGUAAAAAAGGUCUUUCUCAGCUUUUUUUGAUUUGUGGCAUUUUAAUUACAGGCAAAUUGUAUUGAUACAGAUUUUAUUCAGUCUAGCUGACUGAGAUUUGUUGUUUGAUUCAUAUAGGCUGUCAAACAACAUUAAUUAUGCCUGUAAGUGAGCCUCAUUAAUUGAGAAAGCUGCCUUUAAUUGAAUAGGCAGAUAUUGACAAACAUAAGUUUGCGGGAAAAUAUACUUCCAUCUAUUAGCAGCACACACACACCUCCAAUAAGACAGUUCCACUCAUAGAUAACUUAUUGCAGAUACUUUGUCAAGUUUUUUCAAAUCCAGAUCAAUCGCUUAAUUGAGUGGAAUUAAUGGAGCUCAGUUGUCACACUGGCGGGAGCAGGAUUGAGAAACACUGCUUUAGGUUUUCAGUUUCCAACUUGGCCUGACUCAACGGUUUGGAUGUUUUCAUUUUGGUCUGUAAGUAGCAUCUAAACAGGUCUUUUUUGAAUGUGUGUGAGAACAAAUGAGUGUGUGUAUGUAUUUUGGGGGGGAAGUGUUGGGAUGUGUGAGGUAUUAGAAAUAAGAAACUUACCAGCCCCUCUGAAUGUAUUGCUCAGACAACAUCCUUGUUCAACAGUAGCAGUUUUCCUCUAUGCUCUUUGCUUAUCAUGUAACGCUAACUUAAGUGAUCCUGCCAUAACCUUUUAAAACUCCCUUAUACACCCCUCCCAUUUAUUAAAAGACAAAAAUG